AUGGAAGCAGCGGCCUCGGCUCCUCCUUGGAUACCUGAAGACGACCUUCGCUUGAAGAAGGCCAUGGAGGCAGGUGCUUCUCUGGAAGCACUUGCCAAAGGAGCUGUGCGAUUUUCGCGCAAGUUCUCGGUCCGGGAAUUGCGAGAGCGGUGGUCCUCGCUCCUCUACGAUGCCGAUAUCUCGGCCGAGGCCUCGUCUCGGAUGCUGGAAGUCGAAGGUUGCAAUUCCAGCGCAGCGUUCAAGUCUAGUAGAGUCGGCAGUUCUAGGGAUUCGAAGCGUAAAGGCGAAAGCAUACGCAAACACUAUUAUGCUAUGCAGAAGAGACUCCGCACUUCUAAUUCCGUUGAUCCUAACUCUUAUCACAAAAAAAUUUUCGAUCCUAAUUUUCUGUUCGCGCCACACCUUGAUAAUGGCGAGGCUUUAGAGGAAAAUUUUGGGGUUGGAGAUCAUAAUCAACCCUUGUUUAUGGAUUGCAAUGGCAAUGAGAGCAAUGCUGCGGAUGCAUUUCGUGCUGGAGAGUGUGUCUCAAUUGGAAAUCAUGGUGUGGAGGGAGUUGUGAGGGAAGCGUGCCCUAAUGGAUUUGUGGAACAGGUUUCAUUAUUGCCGAACGGAUUAGGAGAGGAUACUUUUUUCCAUGAUCCUGCUUGCGAAGAUUUGCCUACUCAGGGAGAUGAUUUAAUUGAUUUUGAAAAUGCCCUGGAUGUGGAAGAUAUAGGGCCAUCACAUGCAUCGACAGAUGAGCCUCUUUGGAAAACGAUUGAGGAUGUACCAGCACCAGAAAUGCCAAUUGAUGUGAGCCUCGGGGUUAAUGGUGAGGAUGCCGAAAAGACAUUGGUAGUUCCUGAUGAUGCGGAUGGGGAGAAUAUUGGUUCAUCUCAAUAUGAAGUUGUCCAUUCUGAGGCAAUGUUGAAUGAUAGAGAAGUUUGCGAUGAACUGAAUAGGUCUGUAACAAUCUCCGGAGGUGAUUAUGCAGAUAUAUACCUUACGAAUGAGGAUGAGCUCACCUUCAUGGAUGUUAAUGGAAAGGAGUCAAUGGAUAAGUCCUCUUAUGAAAGCCUGAAGCCGAUUCCGUUGAGUUCUCCCAAAGAUGUUCAUGAAUAUGUUGUGCCUGAUCCUUGUCAACCUCAAAAGUUGAUUUCAGACUCAUUCCAGGAUGUUUCACACAAUGUGCAUACUGCCAAGAUGCCCGACUCUUGUCAACCACAAAAUUUGAUUUCAGAAACAUGCCAGGAUGUUUCACACAAUGUGCAUGCUGCCGAGAUGGAUGUUGCCGCUAAACCGUCUCACUCUCUGCAUGAUGAGCAGCGUGAUAUUUCUUCUGCUGAAGCUAAUAAUCCAUCAUCUACAUCAGUGCCAAAUCCUCUUACUCCUGAACUUCAUGAGAAAGAGAUGAUUUGCACAUUGAAUACCGAGGACCCUGAAAUCCCAUGCAAUGAUGAUAUAUUUCCACCUACUGGAAUAGUUCAUGCUGUAGUGCAGCCAACCUUAAAAGAAGCUAGUGGGUUAGCAUCCUCUACUGGCAAAAGAAAAUGUGAUCAACAAACAAUAACCUUGACGAAAGAAGAAGAUCCUGCACAACCUUUUAAGGUUCCUCGGAUGGUAGGACACAACACAAUUACAGAAAACAGCCCCAACCAUGCACUUGUUUCUUUUGGAAUUAAAGCUGCAUAUGGUGAUAGUAACAGUCUAGCUUCAGUCUCCAAACAUGAUAAAAAUGUCCCCGCCGACCCAAGCCAAUGCAGAUCAGCACAUCAACCGCCUAAGUCUAUCACAAAUCGAGCGCUAAAAGAAGAGGGAAUAGUUGCUCCAUCUACAGUUGCAGAACUUGCACCUGUAAUCACAGAACCAGGUUCUACUAAAAUGACUUUUCUAGAACCAGAAGCCAACCCCUCAGCACUAGAUUGUGAAGAAUCUGAGGAAGAAUCUGAUGAUGAUGUUGAUGAUGAUGAUGCUGACAUUCCCUAUUUUUCUGAUAUUGAACAGAUGAUACUUGAGAUGGAUUUAUGUCCAGAUGAUCAGGAUUCAUAUUUCAGUAAAAUAGCCUCAGCAUAUCAAGAUGAGGAUUCUAAAAGGCGUAUCAUGAGAUUAGAACAGUGUGCACGAUCCUCUAUGCAAAGAGACCUUGCAUCUAAAGGUGCACUUGCUGUACUGUAUGGUCGCCAUGUAAAGGAAUAUAUUAAGAAAACUGAGGUAAUACUUGGCCGGUCAACAGAAGAUAAUGAAGUUGAUAUUGAUUUGGGAAAGGAAGGGCUACACAACAAAAUAUCUAGACGGCAGGCUGUGAUAAAGAUGGAAGGAGAUGGUUCUUUCUUUUUGAAGAAUCUUGGCAAGGGUUCAAUUUUUUUGAACGGCAAAGAAGUUACUAUUGGACAGCUUGUUAGCCUUAGUUCAAGUAACUUGAUUGAGAUUAGGGAAAUGGCCUUUGUCUUUGAGAUAAAUCACAAAUACACCAAGUUUGAAUGGUCGCCUGGGAGAGGUCUAUAA